UAACUGCCGAGUCGAACCAACCGACCGGUCCAUUUCAGGCAUGCGGUUCACUCCCGCGCUCUUCGCCUUCCCCUUUUCCCACCUUCAUCUCUCCUCGGCGGUCGCCUUAAAAUAUUUAAAACCGUAUGUAUCACAAAUUUCCGCUGAAACCAGAUUCGGUCCUCUUCAUCCAAGUGUAGUUUUCCGGUUAUCGAUCGGGUUGUGAGGAUUGUUUUGUCUCAGCAUUGUGAUAAUUUGAUCUGAGGCUCGUUGGAUAGUUAGGGUUUGGAUCGUAACGGGGAAGCGACGGCCGCCGGAGGCGGAGCCGUCGGAUGGCGCUCUUCAGGAGGCUGUUCUAUAGAAAGCCACCAGAUCAGCUCCUGGAGAUCAGCGACAGAGUUUACGUGUUCGACUACUGCUUUUCAUCGGAACAUUUGGAAGAAGAUGGGUAUAAGAAUUACAUGAAUAACACUCUGGUACAGCUUAAGGGCUAUUUUCCUGAUGCUUGUCUCACGGUGAUUAAUUUCAGAGAGGGGGAAGGAAAAAACCUGGUUGCAGAAAUUCUUGCUCGCUUCAAUAUUAGUGUCAUUGAAUAUCCUCACGGAUACCAUGGAUGUCCGCUGCUUCCCUUGAGGAUGGUCUACCAAUUCUUAAGGUUAUGUGAUAACUGGCUGUCAUCAGAAGGGCAGCAAAGCGUUCUCCUAAUGCACUGUGAAAGAGGAGGAUGGCCUGUGCUUUCUUUCAUGCUUGCUUCUCUCAUGCUCUACAGAAGUCAGUACAGUGGAGAGGAAAGGACUCUUGAAAUGAUGUAUAAGCAGGCUCCAAGGGAGCCCCUCCAGAUGUUUUCUCCCUUAAACCCGUUUGCUUCACAUCUGAGGUACCUCCACUACAUCACAGGAAAAGGCAAUGGGAUACAGUGGCCUCUAUGUAAUGUGCCGUACAGUUUGGACUGCCUUAUUCUUCGAAAUGCUCCAUAUUGUGAUGGCAAGGCAGGAUUUAGGCCAUUUGUCCGUGUGUGUGGUCGGGAUCCUUCUAACCUGGUUGAUGAAGGCCAUAGGGUCCUCUUCACUUCACUAGAGAAGAAAGAGCUGGUUCAUAAUUCUGUACAGGCAGAUGGCACAAAGAUAACAAUAGAUGUUCGUUGCAGCAUUCAAGGUGAUGUUGUCCUUGAGUGCAUAUGUUGGGAUGAAGAUCUAGAACGUGAGGAGACGAUGUUCAGGAUUAUGUUCAACACAGCAUUUAUUCAAGACAACGUUCUGCUUCUAAAUAGUGAGGAGAUUGACAUCAUAUGGGGUAUGGAGGACCAGUUUACUAAGAACUUCAAAGCAGAGGUAAUAUUUUCAGAAUUUGAUGUUGGUUCCACAACCCCCCAAGUUGUAACUACAGAGCAGGAUGAAGUGGAAACUGAGGAGUUCUUUGAAGCGGAAGAGAUCUUUAGCAAUUCCGAUUUGCAUGAUGGAACAAGGGACCUGGAUAUUCACUCAACUCCAAUCGAAGUUCAUGACAGCAGCCUGCCUGAAUUUGUUUCAGAUCAUAAAGACACGGAAAAUAUUAGUUUAGAAUUUGACCAUCAGAAUCUGAAGAACGGGCUUGCACAAGAAAUUCUUACUUUGGAUGACCCAAAUGUUUUGCCAGAGAUGGAAACGGAAAAACAGCUAGGAGCCAGCCAUGGUGAUGAAAGCCAGAGGUUGGACAUUGAAAACACGGACAUCAUUGUUGGAACACAUACACAAGACUCAGCAUUUAUAGAAGAAAAUACGUUCAUUACUGGAAAUCUCAGAAUUGAUUUUAAAAAUUCUUUCAGCAAUAUUCUUGAUGAUAAGAAAGUAAUUUGUACCGCAGUAUCAACAGACGAGGCUAAACUUGGCCUACAAAUCAAACUUGCAAAACAGAAUAAUGAAACUUGUGACAUUGGAGGGCAAUGUUUUCAUGAUUCCAGCCCUGAUAGGACCCCUAAAAGGGUUGAUCUGAGUCAGUAUACCAAAAGAAUUCCUAAUUUGGCAGAUGAUCCGAUGAGCUUGCCUGAAAUGAAUGGUUUGAUACACGAAGUGGAGGGCCUUAUGAAUACAGAUACUCGAGAAGUCUUUGAUGGUGGUGCUUUAGGUCAUGCAACUAGUCAGUUAGAAAUUAUACUUGCAGAUCAAUCAGAGUUCAGCUUUAAAAAUGAAGAAUCGGUGAAGGUUGAAUUUCCCGAAGGAGGCUGUGUUCAUAGUGGAAACUGGUCUGAAUUCGGGAACUUUAAUUUGAUUUGUUACAAAGAGGAUGCAAAUGAUAAACAUAAUUUUGAAGCUAAAGAACAUACUAUUUUAGCAUCUAACGGACUUGAACAGGGCUCACAGGGAAACGGGCAAAUUAUUUCAUGUGAUAUGACUCAGAAAUUUGAAACUCAAUUGUUUUGCGAUGAAAGGAGAAGCUCAGGGAUUGAAAAUUCUUAUCCCACUACUGGUACUGAUUUAAACAAGAAGCCUAUUCAUGAUAGCCAAGGUGCUCAAACUGGGAACUCAGAAAUUAUUGAUUGGAUGGAACACAAAGAAGUAAGUCGAAAUUGCAUUAAGGAUGGCUUUGUUUCCCAAAAUAGUGUUUUUCUUGAGCUUUCUUGUGAAAAUAAAGAGGCUCAUGUUGAUAGAAAGAAGAAUGAGGAACAGCAGUCUGCUACAUCACAGAAACAGUCUAGCAUAGCACCUUCUGAUCCAGUUCCCAUUGCACAAAAGGAUAAACUACAAAUAUCAGCUGGUGAUAAUGAAAAACUUACAGAACCACAACUUGUAAUUAUCCAAACUUCUGUGAGCAAUGAUUCAGAAGUUAAUCAUGCCCAUUUGUCAUCUUUCCCAUUUACAAACAGCAGCUCGUUGCCUUCUAUGGCCCCCUCAAUAUCAUCCAUGCCACAUCCAAGCUUGAGAGAAGAUCCCUUUUCACUUUCAUCUGCACCAACAUAUCAUUCACUCCCUUUUUUGUCUCAAUCUUCUCAUUCUGGUAGUCUUCUCCAUGAAACCCCUUCUUCGCCUCCUCAUCAACCUCAUAUGUGUUUGAAAGACAAACUUCCUUCACACUCACAUCCCCCACCACCUCCCCAACCUCCUCAUCAUCCUCCACCCAUGCAUUCCAGAGAUUCACCUAAACGUAAACAUUCUCCUCCUCUCCCUCCACCUCAAAGUUCACCUUCUACAUCCCUGUCUCCACCCCCACCUCCACCCCUACCUCCAGUGCAAUCCAUUCAUCCGAGAUUAUCUUCCACAGUUGCUAGAUCCAACUGUUCAGGUAGUCACCUCUCUUUACUUCCAUAUAGAGAAGCUUGUCAAGCGCCACCUCCUCCUCUAGUAACCCCUCUUAGUAAAAAGCAAAGUGCUAGUGAAUUACUUGCUUCAUACCUACCUCCCUUACCUCCUAUCAAGGUCAAUAGUCCAACUAAAUCCCUUUCAACAACUUUCACAAAUUCGUCAUUCACUGUUUGGAAAUUUGAUUUUGCAUUGUUUGCAUCCCACCUGGCUUUUUUGCCCUUUAUGGAGUUUCAAAAUUCUACUAAAGUCCCUAUGUCAAAAUGUCCAUCUUCAUCACCUUUGCAUCAUGUUAAAAAGUCCAAAACAUCAAAUUUUUUCAGUGCUGAAAUUUCUACACCAUCUUAUGCAUCUACUUUUCACGAGGGAUCUCCAUCACCUUCCGGAGGCACAUCUCCUACAAUUCCAAGAACUUUUAAUCCGUGCCAAAUCCUUGGAGAAAAUACUCCCCAACCUCCACUACCACCCCCUCUUAUUGGAUUUCCAUCUGCACCUGUCACCGAAAGAUGUAAAGGAGCUCCAUCUCUACCACCUCACCCCUUAGGGGGUUAUGGGCAAGGUUCAACUCCAUCCUCUCUUGGACAAACUAUAUCCUCACGACUAGCUCCUCCUCUUCCCUACAAAGGACCUGUUGUCGCACCACCUUCACCACCUUCACCACUAUCUGUAUCUCCUCCACCUCUUCUUUCUCCACAAGUCCCAACUCCUAUUUUUAGAGGAGCUUCACAACUCCCUUCCCUCCCUGGAGGACUUGUGGGAGGACCACUUCCAUACCCCCUGCCUAAUUUUGAGGGAAUUCCAACACCAUCACGUAUUCAUGGAAUGCCUAGGGGACCACCACUGCCACCACCACCCCCUCCUCCUACUUCUGGUGGAGCUCCUACACCAGCGCUUACACCUCCCCCUGAAGGUCAUAGGGUAGCACCAACUCCAUCUUCACUCCCUGGAGGACUUGGGGAAGCUCCACCACUGCUUCCUUCUCCUAGAGAAUUUGGUGGACCUCCAUCACUAACCCCACCUUUUGCUUUUGGAUCCAGCGGAAUUUCUUUAGAACCACGUUAUCAUGGUGGACAUGAGGGUGCUCCUCCACCGCCACUUCCACCUAGUGGAUAUCAUGAUAGAGAUCCACCUACAUCAUCUACCACUAAAGGAGGUGUACCACCUCCUCCAAUGCUUCCGAGGACUCCAGGUGUUCCCCCGCCACCUCCAAGUUCUGGCUUGAGAGGGCCACCACCACCAUUAGGCCCCAUGACUGGUGGAAAGGGACUUGGAUUUGCACGUGCUGGUGUUCCUUCUACAGCCAUAAAAAAAUCAAUUUUAAAACCAUUGCAUUGGGUUAAAGUAACAAGAGCUACGCAAGGGAGUUUAUGGGCAGAACUACAAAAGUAUGCUGAUGCACAGAGCACUACAGAAUUUGACAUUUCAGAGCUUGAGACUCUUUUCUCUUCUGUUGUUAAAAAACCAGACGGUUCUAAGUCGGAAGGACACAAAUCUAUUACUAAAUCUGAUAAAGUGCAUCUGGUUGUUGAUGUUAGAUCUGAGGCAGUGACCAUUAAAGUGUUGGCGGUGGCUUGA